AAAGGAAAUUGUAGUCAUCUUGCACGUUCCUCUGCCCCCUCUUCCCAUCCAUAUAUCACUCACCUCUGCCUCGUUCUUUUGAGGGAAAGAGAGCUGAGAGAUCAGUUUUUUGAGGGGUAUAUAAAAAGAUGGAUAUCUAUGGGAUUUCAACUUCGGAACAAUUAGAUGUUGAUGAUCUUUUGGAUUUGUCCAACGAUGAGUUUUUUCCCUCUGCUUCGGCCGCCACCAGCCAUGAUCAGUUCCCUCCUUCUGAGACCCAUUUCAGCGACGCUUCCGCCGCUUCCUCCUCCUCUGCCGCCCUCACUCCCUCUUUCUCCUUAGACUUUAACCACGAUAUUUGCCUUCCUAGUGAUGACGUGGCUGAGCUGGAGUGGUUGUCGCAGUUCGUUGAAGAUUCCUUCACCGACUUCCCCUCAUACUCGCUCCCCGGAAUCCUUAACCCUAGAAAUGAUAACUCGUCGUUUUCUAGCAAAGCUCGGAGCAAGCGUUCCAGAGCGGUAACAACAUUGAACGGCACAAACUGGACGACGACGACGUCUGGAGCGGCAGGUACCUUAACGGGAAAAACAAAGACAAAAAGGGAAAUCCAACGUCAAGCAUCCCCGGCAGCGGUAGAAGGGAUGAGGCGAUGCUCACACUGCGCGUCGGAGAAGACCCCACAGUGGCGGACGGGGCCAUUAGGACCGAAGACAUUGUGCAACGCGUGUGGGGUCCGGUAUAAAUCGGGUCGGCUAGUGCCCGAAUACAGACCCGCAGCGAGUCCGACAUUUGUGCUGACUCAACACUCGAACUCCCACCGGAAGGUGUUGGAGCUGCGGCGGCAGAAGGAGGAGCAGUCGACGAGACGGCAGCAAGAGCAAGUGUGUCGUCAGCAGCACCGACAACAGGUGUGCUGAGGUGUAAAAGUGAGGGUAAUCACGUUGAAUAGGGGGUGCUACUGUUUGGAGCCCUUUGACUCAGUGUGUUUCACUUUCACCAUCAAACGUCCGUUUUUUGGCGUUUCUGUUUAGUUUAAUCUUUAGGAAUUUUAUUUUUAAUAAAACAAGAAAAAGAAAAAGUCAUUAAAUA